GUCGGGGACGAGGGGUCACGGCCACAGAGGCAGAAGGUGGACAGGGAUGGGACGUUGGAAAGGCACUGGGUGAAGAAUGCUGGGGUUAUUGGUAGCUUGCCUUUCGAUUCCAAACAGGCCAAUAGCUGCAUGCGAUGUGAGAGCAAGGAAAGGACUUCCAAACUGACCAGGAUGCUUUCAAACCGCGCCUUCUCUGCCCUCAGUGUGCUUAACCUGUGUCUUGUGGUGUACGUGAGCCUACAGCUUACUUCAUCAUCUGCUUUUGAGGCGACUCCAAAUGAAUCCUGCACUCUAAAUCUGACAUUACGAAACUUCCGGCUAGUUUUAUCAUGGGAAUUAAAAAACAAAUCCAUCCCACCAACUCACUAUACCUUUUGGUACACAAUCAUGAGCAAACUAGAAGCUCCGAAGGUUUUGGAGAACUGCACAAACAUCACGGAAUCAUCUUGUGACGUGACUGAUGAGUGGAGUGACAUGAACGAGAACUAUGUUCCCAUCAUUGAGAUUUACAGAAGAGACUCUAUGAAGAGCCAUUGUGGAGACUCCAUCUUAGCCACAGACAGUCCAACCGGGGACACCACCAAGCAAAUGAAAAGAAAAGCGGCAGCAGCCACAGGCCCAGCCCCAGAGUUUGAGGUUGUUGGCUUCACGGAUCAUAUAAAUGUGAUAGUGAAACUUCCACCUGUCACUCCGAAGAUAUACGGGGAGAGCAUAUGGAAGAUACUAGGUUACACACCAUUUGUCAUCAAGGAGCAGGCGGGGAGAAGCAUUAAGAUGCACAAGCCCAAAAUGAAUAACGCCACUGGGAACUUCACCUACGUCCUUCGGGACUUACUUCCAAACACAAACUACUGUGUAUCUGUUUAUUUUGAAGCAGAGACUUCCAGUAAAGACCUGGGAGCCCCUCUAACGUCUCCCCUUAAAUGCACCCUUCUUCAGCCUGACCAGGAAUCAGGAUCGUCAGACUUUGCCAUAGGAAUGAUUAUUGGUUGUUUGUUAAUGGUGGUCUUCUUAAUCACCAUCAUGCUGAAACGGACUGGUUAUAUAUGCUUAAAAAACACUUUCCCCAAAGUCUUGAACUUCCAUAACUUUUUAUCGUGGAUAUAUUCUGAACUGCCACCCUCAGAGGCAAUCAACAAGGUGGAGGUCAUUCCUACGAACAAAAAGAAGAAAGUGUGGAAUUACGAUUAUGGAGACGAAAGUGACAGCGAUGAUGAAGUCCCCAAAGCAAGUGCCACUGGUUACACCAUGCAUGGACUGAUGGGCAAGCUUCUGAACCAGGCCUCUGACUCCUCAGCCAGCCCCCAGGAGUCCCGCCUGGAGGAAGACUCCGCUGCUGAGGAAUCUGAUGCAGCUGCAGCAGAGGCUGCGGCCGAGCCAGAGCUUGGCCCAGAGGCUGCGGUGGGCUCAGGCCUCAGGCCUUCAGAAGACCCGAGUGGCCCCUACGAGAGGAGAGAGAGUGUGUUCCAGGACUCCUUCCCCGGGGAUGACAGCAGCUCCGUGAAUGGGCCGGAGGACAAAGUCAUCUUCAACGUGAACCUCAACUCUGUGUUUUUGAGAGCUCUCCACGAUGACUCCGAAGAAGCCUCAGAGGUGCUAUCUCUUGCAGAAGACACGGUCCACCUAGACGAGGGUCCCCACAGGACAGAGUCAGACCUCCUGAUGGCCAGUGGGAGGACACAACUGGCCCAUCCCGGCUUCUCUUCCCAGAGUCUGUGGACUGAGGACGAGUCAUCUGAAAAAACAGACACGUCAGACUCUGAUGCUGACGCAGGGGAUGGCUACAUUAUGAGAUGACUCCAGAAGCCAUUCAUUGGCUCGAACUGAGCACCUACAGGGUUCUCUCUUCACAGCCUGACUCGAUACCUGGUGGCCUGCAGGUGUCUGUGAGGGACGGACCAGGGAACUGUAGCGCCCUCACGGUUCUUGCUGACGGCCUUCUCUCUGCACAUUCCCAGUUUGGGAAAUCCAUUUUGUUUACGUGGGUUAUGAGCAUGCGCCGCUCAUCCCCUUUCCACUAAUGCACUAAGGGUGUUAUGUUUCCCAGGGAACAGUGUUCAGCGAGGCUUUCAGAGGCAGCCACGUCCUCUGGUUAUUUCUAGGAAAUGAUUAAGUGGAAGAAGAGAAAAGGACAGAAAAGCUGGUCAAGCAGUGUUUAGAAAGGCUCAGGGAAUGAGCCUGAAAGCAGGCAAAAGCAUGCCGUACAGGGGGGGAGGAAGGGCAUGCCGUACAGGGGGAGGAAGGGCAUGCCGUACAGGGAGAGGAAGGAGGUGCACGCACAAAUCAGGUGCCUCAGACCAUUUCCUCCACUCAGAGACGUUCAUUCUCACCCAUCCAUAAAACCCUCCACAGUAAAGUGGGGGUGGGAGAAGCCAUAUGAGUAAUUCUAGGAUCCGACAGGCGACUCAGAGAGAGAGAGGACACUGGCGUGGUGGAGGGUGAUGGGGCAAAAUCUCAGUGCCUGCCGUAUUUUGAGGUUUUGGUUUUUGUUUUUAAAGAGCAAAAGCGAGCAUUUCAAGGUCUUCAGAAUAAAGAGGAGGUACGAGACUUCCAGUCCCACUUCAAGAUUUUUAAAACGCUCUUUGUACAGAUUUGGAUCACAGUCGCUGUGAGUCUGGGAGAGGAAAGUUCUCAGGUGUCACAGAGGGGGAGCCGGAUAGCUGACGGUUAACGGGUGACUUUGGGGUUCUUGUGCAGUUUUUAUUUAUUGAUAUGCGAUGACCCUUCCAUCUUCCACGUCUCUAGCACUGUGAUUACAGGAGUGCAUUGUCAUAAGAUUGGACCCAGGGCUUCAGGGGUGCCAGGCGAGCACUGCACCAGCCCCCCGGUAUUUUCUCACCUCAUUGAGCUUCAGUUGCCUGCGUUGAUGAAAUAAAGGGAGUGGGUCGAGUCAUCUGCACCACCCUAGAGGCCUGGGACCAAUGCUAGAAAGGGAGAUAAAGACCCAAGUUGGAGGUGCUGAGCCCCAGAGGCACCCAGGAUGGAUGGAGGUAUAGGACCGUCCCUUCUUGCCAGUGUCUCGCACCUUUCUUCCACUCAGAAAGGGAAAGCCACAUGGGUCCUGGCUCAAAGGUUUCUGGUGGGUUCUUCAUGUCACUCCUCCAGAGCAAUCCAGAAGGCCUCCGAGGAAGAGACCUAAUAAAACCCCACAGGAAAGAGACCCUACACAAACCAUCUCUCUGCCCUCUGAAUACAUCGAUCAUCUCUAUCCAGGCUCAUUCACUGUUUCUUUUAAGUUUUGCAUAAUUGCUAGAAAAUAGUUUUUAACGCUUGCAAUUAUUUUUUUUUUAAUUUUGUAUGUUUGAAGGUUGUCAGAGGAUAAUACAAAAAUACUUUUUCAUACAA